AUGAGACCUCAUGACAGACCUGUAACACUCUUAACAAAAGAGACAAUGACUUCUCAGUUCCUAUCUUCUCCACAUUCUACUUCAAGUUCGCUUCAAGAGAUAAAGGCGCUCAAGGCUGAAGUAGCAAGAUUGGAAGAUGAGCUCAAAAUGAGCAAAGUGGCUGAGAAAAGUUCAAAAGAUGAUGAAGAGAAGAGAGUAAAUGAUUUGGUUGAAAAGAAUAACACCUUGUCACAGGAAAUAAAGGCACUCAAGAAUGAAGUAGUAAGGUUGGAAUACGAGCUCAAAAGGAGCAAAGUUGCUCAGAAAAUUUCAAAUGAUGAUGAAGAGAAGAGACUUAGUUAUUUGGUUGAAGAAUAUAAUUCCUUGUCACAGGAGAUAAAGAUGCUCAAGUAUGAAGUAGCAAGGUUGGAAGAUGAUCUCAAAAGGAGUAAAGUGGCUCAGAAAAGUUCAAACGAUGAUGAAGAGAAGUGA